AAUUUAUCUUCAGGGGUUCAGGCGUUUCUCUUAGCAAGCAAAUAAAAAAUAGGAAAGGCCAUGGACUGUUGUUACUGCUUCAAGUUUCCAACUCUAUAAGCGGUUGCUCUUCUUGGUAGAUUUGGUGUUGGUGGGUGGUCCUCAUUUUUCUCCUCAAACCCUUAUUUAUUCUCAAAAUCAAUUUUUUCUUUCUGGGUGUUGCUCGAUUUCUGGGUAUGUUUCCGAUGCUCUGAUGCUUGCUGUCACGGUGAUUUUGUAGUGGGUUCUGAUCCAUAAUUGGUACUGGAGAGAGAGAGAGAGAGAGAGAGAGAGAGAGAGAGAGAGAGAGGAGAGAUGGGGGACAAGCCUGAAGUUCUGGAGGCUGUGUUGAAGGAAGCUGUAGAUUUGGAAAACAUACCUAUUGAGGAAGUCUUUGAGAAUCUAAGAUGUAACAGAGAGGGUCUUACCACAGAGGCUGCUCAGGAGAGACUAACCAUCUUUGGGCACAACAAGCUUGAGGAGAAAAAGGAGAGUAAAUUCUUGAAGUUUUUGGGGUUUAUGUGGAAUCCUCUCUCAUGGGUUAUGGAAGCAGCUGCUAUCAUGGCGAUUGCCCUUGCCAACGGUGGAGGGAAGCCUCCAGAUUGGCAAGACUUCGUGGGCAUCAUUACUUUGCUUUUCAUAAACUCCACAAUUAGUUUCAUUGAAGAAAAUAAUGCGGGUAAUGCUGCGGCUGCUCUAAUGGCUCGGCUUGCUCCCAAAGCCAAGGUUCUUCGAGAUGGACGGUGGAGUGAGGAAGAUGCUUCUGUUUUAGUUCCAGGCGACAUAAUUAGUAUCAAGCUGGGAGAUAUUAUUCCUGCUGAUGCUCGCCUUCUUGAUGGUGAUCCUUUGAAAAUUGAUCAGUCUGCGCUGACAGGCGAGUCCCUUCCCGUGACAAAAGGUCCUGGAGAUGGUGUUUACUCUGGUUCAACUUGUAAACAGGGGGAGAUCGAAGCGCUGGUCAUUGCCACUGGUGUGCACACCUUUUUCGGAAAGGCUGCUCACCUUGUUGAUUCCACUAACCAAGUGGGCCACUUUCAAAAGGUACUGACUGCAAUUGGUAACUUCUGUAUAUGUUCAAUUGCCGUGGGAAUGUUAGUAGAGAUCUUUGUCAUGUAUCCCAUUCAAGAUCGGGCCUAUCGUCCUGGGAUUGAUAAUCUUCUUGUGCUUCUCAUUGGAGGCAUUCCAAUUGCCAUGCCUACUGUUCUGUCAGUGACAAUGGCCAUUGGUUCCCAUCGCCUGUCUCAGCAGGGGGCUAUCACAAAGAGGAUGACAGCAAUUGAAGAGAUGGCGGGCAUGGAUGUGCUUUGCAGUGACAAGACUGGAACCCUUACUUUAAACAAGCUGACUGUUGACAAAAAUCUUAUUGAGGUUUUCACCAAAGGAGUUGAUGCGGAUACUGUUGUUUUGAUGGCGGCUCGUGCCUCCCGGGUGGAAAACCAAGAUGCAAUUGAUUCUGCUAUAGUUGGUAUGCUGGCUGAUCCAAAAGAGGCACGAGCUGGCAUUCAAGAGGUGCACUUUUUGCCUUUUAAUCCGACUGAUAAGCGAACAGCAUUGACUUAUAUUGACGGUGAAGGGAAAAUGCAUAGGGUUAGCAAAGGUGCACCAGAACAGAUUCUUAAUCUCGCACGUAACAAGUCAGAUAUAGAGCGCAGAGUUCAUGCUGUGAUUGAUAAGUUUGCAGAGCGAGGGUUACGGUCACUUGCUGUGGCAUAUCAGGAGGUUCCAGAGGGAAGGAAAGAGAGUGCUGGAGGCCCAUGGCAGUUUGUUGGCCUCAUGCCUCUCUUUGACCCACCUAGACAUGAUAGUGCAGAGACAAUAAGAAGAGCUUUAAAUCUUGGAGUUAAUGUUAAAAUGAUUACUGGGGAUCAACUGGCAAUAGGUAAGGAAACUGGACGACGCUUGGGAAUGGGAACAAACAUGUAUCCUUCCUCUGCUUUGCUUGGACAAAACAAGGAUGAGUCCAUUGCUGCUUUACCAAUUGAUGAGCUGAUCGAAAAAGCUGAUGGUUUUGCUGGUGUUUUCCCUGGUAAUCUUUUUAUCACAAUUACUGUGGGUAUUUGUAUUGAUUUCUCUCAAGUAGAAACUUUCAUCUUCUUUGGGGGUCUAUGUUUAUACUUGCUGACUUGUUAUGGUAUUAUUUCAGAGCACAAAUAUGAGAUAGUGAAACGCUUGCAAGCUAGGAAACAUAUUUGUGGAAUGACUGGUGAUGGAGUAAAUGAUGCUCCGGCUCUUAAGAAGGCAGACAUUGGGAUAGCUGUUGCUGAUGCAACUGAUGCUGCUCGGAGUGCUUCUGACAUUGUCCUGACUGAACCUGGUCUUAGUGUUAUCAUUAGUGCUGUUUUGACCAGUCGGGCUAUCUUCCAAAGGAUGAAGAACUACACAAUCUAUGCUGUUUCUAUAACCAUUCGUAUUGUGCUUGGUUUCAUGUUGCUAGCCCUCAUAUGGAAGUUUGACUUUCCGCCGUUUAUGGUUCUUAUAAUUGCCAUUCUCAAUGAUGGUACUAUUAUGACAAUAUCAAAGGAUAGGGUGAAGCCAUCUCCUACACCUGACAGCUGGAAGUUAUCUGAAAUUUUUACAACUGGCGUUAUUCUUGGUAGCUACUUGGCAAUGAUGACAGUCAUAUUUUUUUGGGCAGCAUACAAAACAGACUUCUUCCCACGUGUAUUCGGUGUCUCAACCUUGGAGAAAACAGCCCAUGAUGACUUCAGAAAGCUUGCCUCAGCCAUAUAUCUACAAGUGAGCAUAAUAAGUCAGGCCCUCAUAUUUGUGACUCGAUCUCGAAGUUGGUCAUUUGUUGAACGGCCUGGUUUGUUGCUUGUAGUGGCUUUUGUGGUUGCUCAGCUGAUUGCUACUCUGAUUGCAGUCUAUGCAAAUUGGUCCUUUGCUGCAAUUGAAGGGAUUGGAUGGGGUUGGGCUGGUGUCAUAUGGCUUUAUAACUUGAUCUUCUACAUUCCUCUUGAUUUUAUAAAGUUUGUUAUCCGAUAUGCUCUGAGUGGGAGGGCCUGGGAUCUUGUUAUUGAGCAGAGGAUUGCCUUCACAAGACAAAAGGACUUUGGGAAGGAAGCACGUGAACUUAAAUGGGCUCAUGCACAGAGAACACUCCAUGGGUUGCAACCACCGGACACAAAGAUGUUUAAUGACCGAACCAGUUUUGCAGAUCUGAAUCAAAUGGCUGAAGAAGCCAAAAGGAGAGCUGAAAUUGCCAGGUUGAGAGAACUGAAUACAUUGAAGGGGCAUGUUGAAUCGGUGGUGAGAUUGAAAGGCCUCGACAUUGACACCAUUCAGCAAGCUUACACGGUCUGAGGAACGUCAUCAUCAUCUCAGUGUUUCCUCAGUCCAGAGUGUUAUAAACGAAGCUUCCUUGCUAUGCUCGAGUGUAAAGACGUAAUCAGCAUGUAGUUGUGACUUAGAACACUUCAAACAACUAUUUCAGUUUAUGCUACUAUGUUUUCCAUUUUAUUUUCAUUUUUAUCUUGUGGUUGCCUUUAAACUCUCUCUCUCUCUCUCUCUCUCUCUCUCUCUCGUGUAUGAAUAGUUGUUGGCUCAUUAAAAAGAAAUGCAGGAGAUAAAUUUCCUCACCA